AUGGGAAGAAACUACGUGUUACUGUCAAAAUAACCCUCACCUAUAACUUUUCCUCUCCACAGGUGCCCCUGGUUGACAAAAGCCAUCUCCCCAGCCAUCCCAGUGUACAAUGGGCUCGUAUUCUUGUUUGUACUGGCAAACUUCAGCAUGGCAACUUUCAUGGACCCUGGAGUUUUCCCACGAGCAGAUGAAGAUGAAGAUAAAGAUGAUGACUUUCGAGCUCCACUCUACAAGAAUGUGGAGAUUAAAGGAAUCCAAGUACGGAUGAAAUGGUGUGCCACCUGCCACUUCUACCGUCCUCCACGCUGCUCUCACUGCAGCGUCUGUGACAACUGUGUUGAGGAUUUUGAUCAUCACUGCCCAUGGGUCAACAAUUGCAUAGGACGGAGGAACUACCGCUAUUUUUUUCUGUUCUUGCUCUCCUUGAGCACGCACAUGGUUGGAGUGUUCACCUUUGGGCUCAUCUUCGUAUUAAACCACAUAGAAAAGCUGGGAGCAGCUCACACCACCAUUACAAUGGCUGUCAUGUGUGUGGCUGGAUUGUUCUUUAUUCCAGUCAUUGGUCUCACUGGUUUCCAUAUUGUUUUAGUGGCCCGAGGGCGCACAACAAAUGAACAGGUGACAGGUAAAUUCCGUGGGGGAGUGAAUCCUUUUACCCGAGGUUGCUGUGGAAAUGUGGAACAUGUGCUAUGCAGCCCCUUGGCUCCCAGGUACAUAGUUGAGCCCAAGAAAAAGCAAGCUGUGAGUGUGAAGCCUCCUUUCCUCAGACCUGAUUUAUCUGAGCGCCAGAUCACAGUGAAGAUCAGUGACAAUGGAAUCCAAGCCAACCUCAACCGGAGCAAGUCUAAAAUGAGCCUGGAAGGUCUGGAGGAUAAAAGUAUUGAUGUACAACCACCUCUCCCACCCAAAGGAGAUCCAAGCAAGUACUCUGAGCUGAAAGGGCAGCUGGGGACCAAUGAAGAAGGUGGCCUUUCUCCCAAAAUGAUCAGCCCUCCUACACCUGCCAUGUACAAGUACCGACCAGCUUUCAGCAACAAUCCCAAAGUGCACUACCAUGCUACAGCUGAGCAGAUCACCAUGCAGGAGGGACAUAGUCAAGGGGCUCUGAUAGAAGAGGAUGGCAGGAGCCUUGAUUAUCAGUCUGAACCCAGCCUGGACAUCCCCAGCUACCGGAAGAGCUCCCUCCACAAGACCUAUCAGUCUUCCCCACUCCAGAUAGAUUCCUUCGCUGUCAAUUCACGAUCCCUGAGCCUGAAAUCUGCUGGCAGGAGAGGGACAGACAAGGUGCCCCUUCAUCCAAUGAAGUCUGAAGGGGCAGUUUCCACCCCUUACAAAAGCAUAUUUUCUCCCAAUUCCCUGUCAAACAGAAAUGGGAGUCUUUCAUAUGACAGUUUGCUAAACCCCAUGUCGCCCCCGGGGAGGAAGUGCAUUGCCCAUUCUGCAGUCAGCUCUGUUGGGUACCACUCCCCAUAUUUAUCAGCCAAAAUGUGCCACCUGCGGGGGAGCGAGCUGCAGCACCAGCCCCCGCAGAGCUUCAGCCCCGUGCUGGGGGCCCCAGCUCCACAUCAGAGAGACCCCUCCCCAGUCCGCUAUGAUAACCUUUCCAAAACCAUUAUGGCAUCCAUCCAGGAGAGGAAAGAGAUAGAAGAGAGAGAGAAGCUCCUUCACUCGCACCCUGAUUCCGUGUUUGCAGACUCAGGUGUCUAUGACACCCCUAGCUCUUACAGCCUCCAGCAAGUCAGCACGCUCUCUGAAGACCCACGCAGCAUGGCAAUGAGAUACGGAUCUAGAGACAAUCUGAUGGCUGCUAGCUUUAGCACAAGGAACCCUAUACUGCAGUCCUCAGUGUCCUCACUCUCAAGUGCAAUGACAAGAGCACCAAGGACUUCCACAACCUCUCUGCAAGCUGAUUUAGCCAAUAAUAAUGUCCAGUCCCAUCAAGCACUACAGGGCAGGGUGAGCAAUGGCUCCUACAAAUCCCCAGGCCACCAGGUCUCAUCGUCCCCCACAGGGAUGCCUAGGUCACCCUCUUAUGGAGGCCCAAAGGCUGUCUCGUUUGUAAACACUGUGGAAAUUACAGAGGUGCAAUCAGUGGGAGCACAAAGGGAUGACAUGCAGUUGAAGACACCUCACAGUAAAAUAAAUGGACAGCCAAAAGGAAUAUCCAGGUUGGGUUCAACAUCAAGUUCCCAAGGGACACCUGUCAGUCCUGCUAGACACUCAAAUGUUAAGAAGGUGUCUGGAGUUGGUGGAACCACCUAUGAAAUUUCAGUGUAA